CUUUGAUCUAAGCUUUUCUAAACACAUAUUACAUUUCUAUGAAGCAUGAGGAGCACCAUGACGAACUUUACACAUUUUUCAUUUUUUACGCUUGAUGCAUAUUUUGAUAUCAAACAGCUGAGAUACAUUUUAUUUAUGUUUGUGCUGUUUCUGUAUGUUCUGAUCAUUGGUUCUAAUGUGCUUCUGAUUGUGCUGAUCUGUGUGAACAGGAGCUUACAUGAACCUAUGUACAUGUUUGUCUGUAGCCUUUUUUUGAAUCAACUGUAUGGCAGUUCAUCAUUGUUUCCUUUCCUGCUGGGUCACAUGCUGUCUGACACUCACACUGUUGCUGUUCCACUCUGUUUUAUGCAGAUCUUUUGUCUUUACACAUAUGUAGGCGUGGAGUUUUGUAAUCUAGCCGUCAUGUCUUAUGACAGGUACCUAGCUAUCUGUCAUCCUCUGCAGUAUCAAUCCCUGAUGACCAUGAAGAAAGUUGCGGUUCUUAUUGCCGUAGCCUGGAUUACUGCCUUUCUGAUCGUUGUUAUUACAACAUCUUUGAGUUUCUCUCUGCAGCUCUGUGGAAAUGUCAUUAAUAAAAUAUACUGUGAUAACUACUCUAUAGUUAAACUGGCUUGCUCUGAUACUACAGUUAAUAACAUUUAUGGACUCAUUUCCACUGCUCUUAUUGUUUUUGUUCCAUUUGGUAUAGUUCUCUACACGUAUCUGAGAAUCCUCAAGGUUUGUUUUUCUGGAUCUAAACAGACCCGACAGAAAGCCAUCAGCACAUGCACUCCUCACCUGGCCUCUCUGAUUAACUUCUCGUUUGGCGUUUGCUUUGAGGUAUUGCAGAGCAGGUUCAACAUGAGCAGCGUGCCUCAUGCUGUCAAGAUAUUUUUGUCACUGUAUUACAUAACAUGUCAGCCACUGUUCAACCCUGUGAUGUAUGGCCUAAAGCUAUCAAAAAUACGUAGCUCGUGGCAACGACUGUUUCGAUAAAACUGGAUCAAAAAUGUUUACUGCUGUUCAUUAGUUUUUUGUGAUGGACAUCACCUGUUAAAUACCUACAAUCUGUUGAGAUGUGAAUAGAGCAUAUUGUGAAAAUAACACUUUUUUCACAAUUUUAGCAGCACUUUUUUGAGAGAUUUAAGCUGUUUCUGAAUGUAUGCCCUAACCGGCUAACCAAUCAAUCAAUACAUAAGGCGGGGACUAUGCAGUGGACUUUAUAGUUGACUUAGUGAAGUGACUGUUCAGCCUGUGGUCAUGUGACUCUGGCUCCUUGCAUGCUGCCUGUACUAUCUUUG